UCAGUCGGAGCCAAAAGACGCAGCUUCGGAUUUCUUCGACAAGGAGCAGUCCUCCCUUUUUUAGCUCGGUGUUUCGGCAACAAAAACUGCCAAGAUGGAUCCACAAACCUUCAUGGAUAUAGCGACUGUUGUCACUAAAUUAAAAAUGUAUCCAUAUUUCGAUAUAGCUCACUAUGCGCUGAUGUGCAUGAUGGUUCGGGAGGACGCGCCACAAACCGGUACUGCAAUAUUUUCUCGGAAACAUCCUCUGGCAUGUUGGGUCUCGAGCAUGCUGCUCUGUUUCGCUGGUAACCUUAUCGCAAACUUCUUAUUAGGGGAAGCUGUGUUAACACCUUUCAAAUCACAUGAGGCUUUGGUCUUGGCAUCCAUCGUGUGGUACUUCAUCAACUAUUCCCCGUUUGACCUAGUAUACAAAAUCGCUCGAUUCCUGCCUUUCAAGAUCAUCCUCUACAUGCUGAAAGAGGUACAACGAACAAAGAAGAUAUUCGACGGAGUCACCAUCGCCGCCAAAUUAUAUCCUGGAUCUUAUAUCGUUAUUGUUCUCAUUGGAAUUGUCAAAGGCUCAGGAUAUACUGAGAUGAGAAUGUUAGAGCGUGUAGUACGAGGUUUGUGGAUUCCCGGUACUAAUGAGUUCUUACAACCAUCAUUUACCACCAAGGCUAGCUUCCUGAGCGCUGUGGUAUUCGUGCUAGAAAGGGAGAAGUACCUGACUGCCCCCCACGCUCUCAUCUACUUCGGAGUGGUGAUGUUCCUCAUCUACUUCAAGCUCUCCUCCCUGCUCCUUGGAAUACACGACCCGUUCGUUCCCUUCGAGAAUCUCUUCUGCGCAGUCUUCAUGGGUGGCAUGUGGGACGCGCUGAAGCGAGCAAUGUCUCGGGAAAAGAAGGAACCAGAAACGACGAAGAAUGACAUCAAACGGAAAGAGGAGAAGAAGAAUGAUUAGACGGAGUUGUGGGAGGUUGUGAUAUGAACAUAUCCAUCAUGGACCACAUCGUCAUGGCAGACGAUGAUGAUGCCACUAUGGGUUGCCAUUGGUGAUUAUUUGGUUUCCAUGGUGAACAUGUGGUUUUCCAUUGGUGAUCAGUUGGUUUUCCAUUGGUGAUCACUUGAUUUUCCAUUGGUUACCUCUUGGUCUUCCAUUGGUUACCACUUGAGUUUCCAUGGCUUCUUGUGGGUUAAACCCCAGUGUGUUGGCAACCAGUGUGAUUCCUUAGCCACCACUCCGAUUCCAUAGGUCACCAGUAGGUUUCCCUUGGCAAAAUGUGUCGGUCCCCGAGUGCUAUGUACUGAAGUGAAUACUCAAAGAGUUCCAUGUAAAUUCAGAUGUAAAUUCAUCAUCAGGGAUGUAUAUUUUGUCAAAUUGACACAAUUUUCAAAAAUUGUACAGUUGUAAAAUGUGAUCAUCAAUGUGAUUCUGAUGAGUCAGCAUGUAGAUCUACCUUGAACUGGUGGUUUCUACACAUUCCAUGUAACUUAUAUCUUAAUCUACAUGGCGAUCACACUUCGUCCCAGUUGAUGAUAUGACACCUUCCUGGUGUAAUAGUCAGAACCUGAUCGAACUGAAAUCAAAUAUCAACAACCCAUGGACAGAAGUGAACAAGCCUUUUGAUAACAAAUCACUUUUUGUUCUCUGUGUCUUUCACCAUAUCUAAAGUGGCUUUUGAAAGCCAGUUUCUGUCUUCACCAAGCAUGAAGCUCAAACCUGCCUAUUAGUACCUGGUGUAUUGAUUGAUCUAAAUAGCCAAUUGCUAUUAAUUCGUGCAAUAAAAGUACUGCAUUUAUGUCUUGUACAUGUACAUAGAGGACUUUUAAAAAGAAUGUACAGUUUUAAAAACAAAAGCUUGGUAUUCUUAAUCAUUGGAAGAAAGUGAGAAUUUAGUAAAAAAACUUAAGAGUUUAAGUGAAAAAAGGCACAUGAACAUGAAAAAAUAUCAAUUUCAUUGAUAUGCUUUGGGAGAGUUUUGUACUAAGAGAACUCGUAAACUUAUCUUCUGUCAAAAACAAAGGUCAAGUAAGGUAUUGUAAACUCUGCAAGUCCUGUAAUCGAAACAGAUGCAGUAUUAUCAUUUAUCAAACUUGAUCACUUUCUCUGCUCAGCUUAAAAAACCAUUGUACAAUACCAAAUGGUGCACCGAAGGAGUUACCUUCCAUCAAUCAGUCCUUCAUUCAUUCAAAACUUUAUCUUUUCAUUUUUACCCAUUUAUGUAUUGUAGAUAAUUAAAAAAAACACCCUGGUAGUGUAACUUUUAUGUUACGUGUAGUUUUGAAACUGUUCAUCAAACAGGAAGCUCACAAAUAUUUGUUAAAAUAUCUUCAAUCAUGAACGGGUUUUGUUGCUCUGUAAAUAAAUACGUUGGUAGGAGCUUACCAGCUGUCCUACAUGACUGUGUCUGGACUGAUGAGGCGAGUUACAUUUAUGUAUAUAGAUGGUUGGAAUUAGGAAUUGAGAUGAUGGAAAAUGUCUGGUGAUUGCAUUCUAAAGGUCCAAUCUACUCAUAGAUGUCAGUUUGAGUGGAGUGUAUAACAGUAACCAGCAAAGGGAUGGGCGAGGCCUAUAGGUUUGUUAAAUCACCAGGUCGCCACCUGUAACAAGUUAAGUGAUAUUUUGGAAUGAAUGUAAAUUUGAAAAUAGAAUAAGCUGAAGCUCGGGUGCCGGAUGAGCACAUUGCUAAUGUUCAUGCUUGAUACUCUUGAAGUCUUUCUCAUUGAGGGCAGCAGUUGUACAUUACAUUGUAAGUACAAUGCUGUGAUAGUCGUCUGCAGAGUUGUUAGGCUGACCAGUGUACAUUAGACCAUGUUCGAUGUGAAUACCUUUGAAAUUUUCUCCCAUGUAUUAUACAGUGUGUGUGUGUUGUUUAUACUUAGUUAUAUUCUGUGUACAAACACUACCUGGACUACUAGACUUAGGCGUGUAAGGUUUAACCUGGGUGAAUCUGAGAUAUCCUCACGAUUCUGAUCGCUUUGAAACGUUUAACUGUUUCCUUUGUGAUUGGCUCUAUGGUACAAUCAUUAUCAUUCAUAGAUGUGCCAGUCACGUUCACUGCCAACCAUGUAGCCUUUGUAGAAUUGAAAGCAAUAACAUCUUUUGAAUUGUGGAAAUUUAUCAACUUUGUCUCACUUCAGCUAGAUCAGGGUGCUCAAAUUUUAGAUAUUCGUUUCUGAAAAGGUGUGUCGGUAGAUCUUCCAUUAUCCAUGUGGAUCUGAUGAAAAUCGUUUGUGGGUUCGAUCACCAACAUUGCUCUCUCUUGCUGAUGAAAAAUAGAGUUACGGCACUGAGAUGACAACCAAAAAUCCAAGUCUGUGGACAUUUUGGCCAAAUAUACCUAAUUCCAGUUUACAGCCACCCUCUAGGAUUGUUGCCUGUCGUAUAAAGCCUACUGUUUUUUGGUCCUGUAUGAACUCUCUCUGAUGUAAACAAGGAACCCUGAAUAAAUGCUUUAUUUUAUAAA